AUGGCUGAGUCACCAAUACUGUCCGUAGACCUUCCGCAUCAUGUCCCUGAACCAAUCCCGACCCUAGACCCAGAUUACCCUGAACGCUCCAAGCCAGCGAAUAGGGAAGCAACUUUUACUAACCACCCUGUAACUCACGGUAUGCAAUCGGCAUACGACGAAUGCUUGAAUGGAUGGAACGAGGGAGGUGGCGGCGACACCUUCACGAUUCAGUUACGCCUCCGGCAACUACGCCACGAAGGCACUCGUCAUCAAGGCAGCAUGAGGCGGCCUUGUCGUCGUCGGAGGGCAGCAGCAGCAGCGCACACAUGGCGGUGGUUACGGCUUCUAUUGGCGGUUGAUGAAGUAGCAACGUCUGGAGGCUGCCCGACGGUGCUAGGUGGUCGGAGAACGGACCUAAUGAAUGGUGCGUCGCCCAUUCAACUCCCACAGCCCUGUCAUCCAAACCCUCAACUCGUUGAACUCAUCCGCCGACCGCAAACACGAUGGGAGUCUGGUGGUCACGGUGGUUGCUUGCUAAUCGGAGAUGGGAUGGUAGCGGCGCCGGCAGGGAGGUACAAGGGUGACAUCAGUUCCGGAGACGAAGAGGGAGGUAUAAGAUUUCAACACUUAUUAGCAAUUAGAUUGGCGACAGCAAAGGGGCCUCCGGUUCUUGGUUUUCAUCUGAUCGAGAAGGCUAAUCACGAGCGAGGAAGUGACAGGGAAGGCUUGGGGCGACGGGAAAAAGGACCUCCUGUGCUUCUUCUAUCUCGGAAGGAAGGUGUGAAGGUGGGGAAUCAAAAGGGGGCUGCCACCUCUGAUGUUUUUUCUGGGGAAACACCCGCUUCGGUGGUGGGUUUAGGCCAGGCAACGAAGAAGAAAUGGAGAAUGAAAGGGGGAAAGGCAGCAGCGAUCGCAACAGUUUUCGGGGGGGAGGGAGGGUUCAGUGACUACGAUCGACAUGUAAAAGGGUGGAAACAAGGGGCUGUUGCCUCGAAGUCUCGCCAUAAUUGGCCAUCACCCCUGACUGUUCAUGACAGGAAACGAAGGAGAAGACGGGUGAAGUAG